AUGCACGCCUACUCGGCUCUGUCUCUCGUGAGCUUCACGCUCGUCACUAUUGCCUCUGCAGCGUCUUCCCGGCCUGGUGCGAUCAACCCCAUUGCACCCGAGAAUGCAGCCACCAAUGCAACUACCAAGCGGUCUGUCGAGCUGGUUGGUCGUGGCACUUCUGUCCAACGCGACGUACAGAAGCGCUCUACGAACGGUAUUUGCGAUACUCUAGCUUCACCAUGGACCUAUAUGGGAUGUUUCACCGAUACCACAUCGGGCAGAGUCCUAGACGGCGACAGCUACCAUGGAGACGACAUGUCGCAGGAGAAGUGUAUCGCAUACUGCGACGGAAAGGGAUAUAGUAUGGCUGGUGUCGAAUGGGGCAGAGAAUGUUACUGUGGCUACUUGCUCGAUACCUCUGCCGACAAAUCGCCUGAGACCGAUUGCAGCAAGCCGUGUGCCGGCAACAGUGACGAAGUCUGCGGUAACGGUGGGCGCAUCAACGUCUUCACCAACGGCGAUGCGGCGCCUGCUAUCCUGGCUGCUUCUGGAGACUUCACUUCGCUUGGAUGCUAUUCCGACCAUGCCUCAGCCCGCACCCUGACUACCAGCAUAAGCCUCCCCGGUAACGUGAGAGUCAGCGACUGCACGACGGCUUGUGCCAACCAAGGAUUCCAGUAUGCUGGCCUCGAAUUCGGCAAGGAGUGCUUCUGCGGCUCUAGCAUCCAGAACGGCGGCGCCCCUAUCGCGGCCAAAUCCUGCAACAUGGCCUGUACCGCCGAUAAGACCCAAUACUGUGGUGGUCGGGCUGCCAUCAAUAUCUACAAGAGCUCCAAGCCUCAGACGGGUGGCCCCAGUGUCAUUCCCGACAACUGGGUUGCUUUGGGCUGUUAUACCGACAGCCCUUCAAGCCGCAGUCUCUCUUACAAGAUCCCCAGCUUUGACAAGUUCAGCGCUGCCCAGUGUGUCUCUCAAUGCGCCGGCCUUGGAUAUCAAUUCGCCGGUCUUGAGUAUGGCUCAGAGUGUUUCUGUGGGAAUACCAUCGAUAAUGGCAACAGCCCCGCCUCCAGCGGCUGCGAUAUGUCCUGCGCCGGCAACCGCUUCGACACUUGCGGCGGCGCUGGGCGCAUCAACAUCUACCAAGCCGCCUGCCAGGGCACACGCGACUGCCAUUUUGGCUACGGCUUGAUUGAUGAGAUCGAUAUUACGAGCGACAAGCAGUGCUCGGAUCACUGUCACGCAAACCCGAAUUGCCAAUCCUACCAACUUGGUGUUGACUACGGCCAAUACUUCUGCAACAUCUUCAGCUACGCCAUUCCUGUCGUCCGGGCAAAUGCUAAUGACAAUCGGUGCUUGUCUUUUAAAUUUUACGACAGUAAGAGCAAUGGUAACCAAUGGGGUGAGGUUCGGCGCGUGCAGGGUAUGAAUGAUACCCUCAGGAAGCUUGCUGUUGGUUGUCGACGAGGCGACAACGGGUUAUGA